AUUACUCCACAUCCACAGACGCAUUCCUUCGGAAGAAUCGUUGUGGUAACCACUGCACCUUCCCACCUGUUUCAAACCAGUUAACGGUUUAUACCGACUGACGAAAGAUGUUCUACUGUACUUUAAAUACUGGGGCCCAAAUGCCUGCUCUAGGCUUCGGCACUUGGCAAGCAACAGAGGAUGAACUUGAGAAAGCUUUGGAGGCGGCUUUGGAAGCAGGGUAUCGCCACAUCGACACGGCUUUCGUAUACGAAAAUGAACAUGUUAUAGGUCGUGUCUUAAAACGUUGGAUGGACGAAGGAAAAGUCAAACGUGAAGACCUUUUCAUUGUCUCAAAAGUACCGCCGAUGGGAAAUAAACCGGAAGGAGUCCCGAAAUAUUUAAAUAAAACCUUAGAAGCUCUUCAGUUGGAUUAUCUGGAUAUUUACUUGAUCCAUACGCCAUUCGCAUUCGUUGAUAUCGGAAACGUUUUUCCCAUGGGUGAAGAUGGCAAAAUUAUGAUGGAUAAAUCUAACGAUCACGUAGCAACUUGGAAGGUUAUGGAGGAACAAGUUGAUAAUGGAAAGGCCAAAGCGAUUGGAAUCUCAAAUUUCAACAUUUCGCAAAUUUCCAGGAUUUUGAAUAACUCCCGCAUCAAGCCUUGCAAUUUGCAGGUCGAGUUACAUGCAUACAUGCAGCAAACGGAACUUGUUGAUUUUUGCAAGAAAAACGACAUCGUGGUCACAGCCUAUUCGCCGCUGGGAUCUCCUGGUUUGGGUGCUUUCUUUAAGCUUUUGGGACAAGAAAAGGAAGUUCCCAAUCUCUUCAACAACAAUGUAGUGAUGAAGGUUGCUGAGAAGUAUAACAAAAGUCCAGCUCAGGUGCUCCUGCGACACGGCCUUCAAAAAGGUCUGGUGGUAAUCCCCAAGAGCACCAACGAGAAACGUCUCAGAUCCAACAUCGAUAUAUUCGACUUCGAGUUAAACGAAGAGGAUAUGAAGCAGUUGAAUGGAGUGGAUAAAGGAAGCGCAGGACGUAUACUGGAUUUCAGCAUGUUCAUUGGAGUCAAGGAACAUCCAGAAUAUCCUUUCCCUGAAUUAAAGUAAUAAAUGCAAGAAAAUUAUUCACUACAUUAUGUAAAACCAUAAGGAGCACCAAGUACGCUUCCACUCGUCUGCGAUUUAGUACUUGAAAGAAGAAAAAUCUCUAUUUGCAACCUACGUAGAAUUGCGUUCACCUGCGAUAGUUUAAUUUAUAAAAAUUAUAUAAUAAUUCAAUUUACACGGAUUUUACACAGUGUACAACAUCUCUUCUUAUAAUUAGUAUAUAUAUUUAUAUGUAGAAUCCUUAAUAACUAAAUCCUUGAUGUGCGAUUCCGUUUAUUAUCGAUGUUUAUUAUCAUUAUUGUUCUUCGUACGCGAAUUAAUUGACUUAUGCUAAGCAACUUUGAAUAAAAUGAAUAAUGAACACUU